AGUUCCCCCCGGCGGCGUUGCAUUCCACUCUGGUGGUUCCACUCCCACUGUCAGUCCGGUCCAGAUUCGUACAGUUUGUUAGCAAAACAUGAGCGACAAAGGUUUGUCAGACGAGGCAGCGGCGUCAGCCUGCAAAGAUGGAGACCCAGUUACUAAGGAUUUUAUGAUGCAGCAGACUAUGCUGCGGGUUAAAGAUCCAGUUAAAUCCUUGGAUUUUUACACCAGAAUCCUCGGCAUGACACUCCUGCAGAAGUUUGACUUCCCCUCCAUGCGUUUCUCUCUCUUCUUCUUGGGCUACGAGGACAAGAAGGAGAUUCCUACAGAAGUGAAGGAGAAGACGGCCUGGACCUUUUCCAGAAGAGCCACCAUUGAGCUGACACAUAACUGGGGCUCUGAGGCUGACGAGAGCCAGUCUUAUCACAACGGAAACUCAGAUCCACGUGGCUUUGGACACAUUGGAAUUGCCGUUCCUGACGUCUAUCAAGCCUGCAAACUGUUUGAAGAACAAGGAGUCACAUUUGUCAAGAAGCCAGACGAUGGUAAAAUGAAAGGCUUGGCCUUCAUUCAGGACCCUGAUGGUUACUGGAUUGAGAUCCUGAGUCCUAACAACAUGGUGUCCAUUACCUCCUAAAAACUAUGACAACACGCUACCUGCUGCAGUUCAUACAGGCAAGACCUGUGGCUUCACAUGUGAGAGGAGGACGUCUGGGUUUAGAGAAGAAUUUAGCAGCUGAGCUGAGGGAAAACGGAGCGGGAUCACUUGCACCACAGGAAUCAGUCUGCCCUCCCUGGCAUGUGCUGGACUUCUAUUGGACAGUUGAUGAGCAAAUAGAUUAGAUACCUGAGUUAUUGCUAUGAAUAGCAACGACUUUGUGUAGCUGUUGCGUUUGUCUACAAUCAUCAGUUUGUAUGCGUCUUCAAAAAGGGAUGCUGAAACAAAGCGGUAUUACUGUGUAAUAAAUGUGAAAGCCAUCGUUUGAACAAAAUGGAUUUGUGUUUUCUUGUAGUUUUGAGAGACGAAG